GCCAUCGGACGAUACGUACGUGUGUUAAAGGGGCUCUGGAAAGUUUAGUAGAAUGCCCCAUCUGUAACACUCAUAUCCUCGUGACUGAGUCGGCCACAAACAUGGACCCAGACAGGACUAAUAUGAAUUACAAGUCCAUUAAAGGCAAUACAGUUUAUGUGCCGAAACUUCUCAUAUCGGCCGAAAAUGGACUCCGAAAUUUAUGCGACACGUGCAGCAACGAUGAUCAGGAAGUCACGUGCGUCGAAUGUGAUCAAAAUCUCUGUUUCGAUUGCACGAGAGUUCAUUUAAAAACAACUGCAACGAGAAGACACCAUGUGACAGGCCUGUCGGAAUCGACAGGUUCACCUAGGCGCGAAAAUGGACAAACGCCCUCCUUCACGAAAGAUUUGCUCACUUCAUUGAAUGGUCUGACGUCAUCAACAUCGGCCCUUACUUCGGUGCUUGCGUCAGAGAGACCAAAGACUGCAAACUCGGUGAUAUCACAAUUACGUUAUAGUGAUCUGUAUCAAAGAGGAAACUCGCCAAGACCAACAGAGAAAAGGAAGCGAUUUGAAUUUAAGCAGCUCAAUCCAAAGGGAUGGGGGACUGAUUUCACUCUCGUUACAACGUUUGAUGUCGGAAGUUAUGUACUGAGCAUGUGCGCCGCGUCACGAGAUCAGGUUUGGAUAUCAGAGGCCAUGUCAUCUGCUAUACAUCUAUAUAAUAUCGAGGGCCAGAGAUUGAGGAGCGUCAAUGUGCACAGUGAGGUUAGAGACUUGGCAGUAAAUAAAGCUUCCGAUGAAAUUUACGUCACCUGUUUCGCUAAUAAAACCAUCAAAGUCAUAAGCCCCGACAGCAAAAUUACCAAUUUUCUCACUCUUCCCCUUCACCCUGCAGGCAUUGCCAUAAAUAGUUAUGGUGAUGUCGUAAUAUGCGGCGUUGAGGAUUUCCGGCGGCGCUACCGACCAGACCAGAGGAAUCGUUUAUUAAUUUACUCGAGGGAAGGGAAACGGAAACGAGAAAUCGAACACGGUCAAAUGGGUGAACGUCUGUUCAAAUAUCCGGAGUAUAUUGAUAUCAAUAUCAACGGAGAUAUGUGUGUCUCCGACAUAGAAAGCGAGAGUCUCGUGAUCUUACGAGAGGAUGGGAGACUGAAGAACGUCUAUAAGGGACCUCCGAAAGGGACGCUGGACAACUCGUUUGACCCUCGUGACGUAAAGUGUGACAAAGAGGGAAACAUUGUUGUGUGCGACAUCAACAAUAACGCUCUCCAUCUGCUGGACAUCAGUGGCGAUUUCACUAGGAUCCUGCUUUAUGAGGAGGAUGGGAUUUAUUGGCCGGACAUCCUCGCGAUUGACCACCGUAACCAUAUAUGGGUUAGGGAGCUAUGGCAACAGUCAAUAAAAGUCUUCCAGGCUCUUGGAACGUACUAAAUCAUGUAUCUGUGCAAUCCUAUUUAAGGGAGGUAACCCUCACACAAAAUGUCUAAGGUAACGUAUAGCAUUAAGUAAAUUCUUAGUUUGCCGUGAGAGCUACAUGGACAAGGUGUUGACGUGUCGUUCUAUAAUUCCUAUUGACACUUGUAAGUCAUAUAUAUUUACAUGGAUAUCUCUUACCUCAGAAGCUAUUUUAGAAAUAAGACAUCAGUGAACUUUCGUAUGGCAAAAAUCCCAUGGAAACAAAUGUAACUCGCUGAUUCGAAUGCUAUGUUUUAAGAAAGGACAAACACUUUUAGUUUUAAUCUUUCAUAUAGUUUAAUUUUCACGAUUUCUCGUUCGGUUUCUAAAUGUGUGGUAACAUAUAUUAUCUUUUUUUUUAACAUGUCACCUAACGUAUCAUUUGAGUUCCUGCUUGUGCACGAAUUAAUUAAGUCAGUUUUGGUUGUUUUGGACCACUUGAGGUAUUUCUGUUUAGCAUGUAGCAUAGGACAAUUUUUUCCAAACUUUACGAAAUAUGUCGGAAAAUGUCACAGACGGGAUAUCAUUCCAAGAGACUGCUCAUGAUUUUACGCGUUACAUGUAUUAAGUGUGUAACAAUAUGCCUGGAGUGUAUCGGAAAAUAUUGCAAUACAGAAGGAAUAUAUUGCGAUACGUAUCCCGAUAUAUUGUCAUAGAAAAAAGGUGCUUAAUUAAAAGAAAAAUUGUUUUCAAAAUGCUAUCAAACUGAAGCCAUACAUUAUAUGGAUCACAAAUAUUUAAUGUUUUUGUUAAGCCAACCAUCGAUCAUGACCUUGCCACUGAUUUCCACCGCUAGUAAUGGCCUGUGUAUUGUUAUUGGUAUACAAUGUAUCUGUUAGAAAUGCUAAUAAUUUCCUAAGUUAAAACAUUUAUCAAAAACACAAAAAAGAAGUUUUUGAAAAAUAUUGUGACGCGGCGAUAUCACAUGUCUUUAUUGCGAUACAACACGAUAUGCCUAUGUAUUGUGAUAUACCGGUUUUCUGAUAUAUUGUGAUAUACCGGUUUCCCCAGAUAUAUUGUGAU